AUGUCUCUCACCUCGCACUUCCAGUCCCGCAAGCGCACUGAGCGGGAGCCGCCGCAGCUCUCCAAGUACGAGGCCAAGCGCGCGCGCAACAUCGCCGAGAACCAGGCCGCCCUCCAGGCGCUUGGCCUCGCCGAGCCCGUCCUGAUGCCCGCCAAGCCCUCAAAGUCGACCAAGGCCAAGGCCAGCCGGCCUGCGCCUCCAAAGCGCAACAAGCUGGACCCGCUCUCGGUCUGGGCUCGCGGCGGCUCCGGCACCACCGCCGCCGCCAAGCCGUGCGCCGAGCCUGGCUGCCGGCGGAUAGACGAUCAUUUCAUGGUCGAGUGCGACGUCGCCUGCGAGGUGUGCCGCGGUCUGGACGACGAGGUCAACAACGAGAUCCUGCUCUGCGAGGGGGAGGGCUGCGGCGUGGGCUACCACAUGCGCUGCCUCGACCCGCCCCUCUCCCGCGUCCCCCGCAAGCAGUGGCUAUGCCCCGGCUGCGCGCCCGCGCCCGCGCUGUCCGCCUCCUCGCGGCUUUGCUCCCCACAGAGCGGCGGCGGCGGCAGGGCCUCGACCUCGCGCGGGCCAAUGUCGCCCGCGCUGCUCCAGUUUGGCGGCGAGCGACUCAAGGCGGGCAGCGGCGGCGGCAUGUACGUCGCCGGCUCGCCUGGCCUCGGCAAGUCGAUGACGGUUCGCGAGGCGUUCCGCCUCCUGUCUGCGGGCGAGGCGUGUGCCGGCAAGGCGGCCGACGCACCGCCGCCGUGCAAGUCGUGCUUCGUCAACGGCUUCCAGCUGCAGACGCCGGCCGCCGUCUACGCCGCCCUCCUCGCCGAGCUCGGCGUCGACGACGCCGCCGUCGAGGCCGCGACCGGGCCUCGGCAGGCGCUCGAGCGCUUCUUCGUGACGGCGGCGGCGGAGGAGGCGGAGGGGCGGCCGGCGGGCGCGCGCCGCCGCACGCGCGUCUCAGGCGCGUCGGAGGCGGGCGGCAGCGCCGAGGCCGACGCCGGCGCGCUCGUCGUGGCUGAUCCGGUCGGCGGGGCCGGCGGGGCCGGUGGGAGCAUGUGCCUCGUUGUGAUUGACGAGCUCGACCAGCUGCUCAGCAAGGAGAAUGAGGCGCUCCACUCGCUCUUCGGAUGGGCGGCGGCGCCCUCCUCCCGCCUCGUGCUCGUCGGCAUCGCAAACUCGCUCGACUUGGCGCGCGGACGCUUCCCCACCCGACACACCCCAUCCCACCCCAUCCCCCUCUCACCGCCGCCGCCGCCGCCGCCGCGCUCUCCACCCUACUCGCCCAUGGAGCGCUGCCUGCCGCGGCUGCGCUCGCGCGGCGCCGCGCCCAGGCCGCUCACCUUCCCGCCCUACUCCGCCGACGAGCUCGCCGCCAUCCUCACGCAGAGAGUCGACCAGGCCCGGGUGGCGGCUGGAGAGCUGGCGGCCGGCGCGCAGCCGCCAGAGCAGCCUGCUGCGGCGACCCCUGCGGCGAGGCGGGCGGCCCGCGCCACGACGCCGCCGCCCGGCUCCCCCGCCGCUCCCGCCUCGCCCGCCGCCGCGCCCGCGCCCGCGGCCACGCGGGCGUUGGAUUUGCCGCGCACGGCGGUGGUGGAGCCGUCGGCGAUCGUCUUUUGCGCGCGCAAGGUGGCGGCCGCGUCGGGGGACGCGCGGCGCGCGCUGCAGGUGCUCGACAAGCCGGCGCUCCGCUUCCAGCACAUGUCGGCCGCCCUCGCCGCCACCUUCAAGUCUCGCGCCGUCGCGCUGCUCGAAUCGCUGCCGCAGCACCAGCAGCUCCUGCUGUGCGCCAUGGUGCUGCGCGGCCGGAAGAGCAGCGGCGGCGGCGGCUGCACUUUGGCUGACUUGCACGCGUCGUACAAGCGGCUCUGCUCGUCGCAGAAAUUGCCCGCCCUCCCCGUCGGCGAGAUCCUCCCGCUCUGCAACAACAUUGCCGCGUGCGGUAUCUUUGGCGUCGGCGCCAUCGGCGCGUCCUCGCUGCUGCGCUCGAGCGCGCGCCGGGCCGCCGACCUCUCGACGCCGGUCUGGCUCUGCAUCGCCGAGAACGAGCUGCGCCAGGCCACGCGCGAGCUCCGCUUCUUCCGCAACAUUCUCGGCGACCAGCAGGGCGGCAGCAGCGCGUAA